AGUUAUUUCAAUAACUUUACAACAUGUCACAGGUAAGACCAGUGUGAAUUUUUUGUGUAGAAUUGUUUGAUUAUCUGUAAUUUCGAAACAAAUUACACUGAUAAAGUAUUGGAAUGAUGCUAUGUAUUUGAUUAAACCAGUUUCAUUCUUAAAAUCUUAUAUAAAGUGAUAACCUUAAGUAUUUAGGAUUGCAGUUUCUAAAUUUUCUGUUGAUAACAAAAUUAGCAUUUGUUCUCAACUUUGAACAUUUAAUGCCUUAAUUAUUGAUUAGUAAAAUUCGGGGAGAAAACUAUUAAAAGGAUUAUAUAUGGUAAAUUGUUUCAUGCAAAAUGCGGUCAAAGAUUUAUUCGCAUUUUUUAAAAGAUAAAAAGGUUUUAGUUAAGGGUGCCGUGGACGAGUUCUUAUUGAGGUUGUCUUUUGUUUUCUUGGACACUGAUGAAUUUCAUUCGUGCCUUGACCUGGCGACCAUUAUCUCUGCGGCCCGUCAAACCCCAGUCCUGGAGUGUUUAACAAACACUGAAUACGCAAUAAGCUCUUGUCUGGGAUUGAUACACAAGUACACACAAAAUAAAACCUCUAUCAUUCCUUUUUUUACAUAAAAAAAACACAGGAGAUUAUUUUUCGAUUUGUUAAAGAUAGUAAAUUUCUAUUCAACAUUAAUCAUAUUUAUGCGGUAGAAUUGUGUCAAGUGAGUUGUAAAUUUUGAAGUGUGAGUGUAUAUAAAGCUGUCGUUUUAUCUUGUAAGAAAUAAAUCUGAUAUUGCAUCCACUUUUAUUAAUUUACACGGAAUAUUGCAGGUUACAUGUAAUAUAACUGUUUAAAUGUGCACGAACUUUAAUAUGUACAAUGUAAUAUACAAAUGAUUUCUAUUUUUCCGCCGUAAAAUGGCUGAAAUAUUGCCUAAACGGUGUAAAACCGUAAUCAAUCCUAUAUGUUUUGAAAGUUCGGUUUCUUUUUCGCUUUGGAAUUUUCGUCAUGAAAUGAAAGGCAUAAAAAUUCUGUCAUUUCGGAUCUUGUUUUUCUUUUAUGUUUCUUUUAACAAAACGUUUUACAAGUGUCAAUCUUGCAUAAAACAUUGACCAUUGUCAUCGCACUUAUAUAUUUACAAAUUAGAUUAAAUUUGUAAUUGUUCCUAUUUCAUGUCCGAAAAUAAAAGUUUUAAUAAAAAUACAAAAAGUUGCUUGCUACCGGUUUUUUGUGCCUCAUUGACUUCUGAAUUGUGAUAAUAAAAAUGAUACUGGUAAUAAUGAUAAUAAUACUAAUAUACUGCAGUGUGUAGCGAGUUGUUGUGCUAGGAAGAACUGUGAAGGUAAGUAUGGAAGCGACUAUCCAACAUAAUUUAUUACAAUGAUCCUUGGCUGUGUUCAUUAUCCUCCUGGUUGGCACUAAAUGAAUUGACUUAUAGAACUUGACCGAAUACCACACAUUCAUUCACAUAAAUUUUGGAACCACUCGCGGGUUGGGCAUGCGGCGUGUUUCUCUUGUCAAUGGAAUGCAUUUUGUCACCCGACAUAACAAUGUCAGAAUUACCUUAUCAGAGAGACGUUGGGCAAUCAUCACUAGUGGAAAUUUACGCAAAACUUUCCACCUGUUUUCCCACUGGUACACCUACAGUUAUGAAUGAAAACUGUCCACGAUGGCUGAGAAUCUAGAUUUAUGGAUGCCAUUUUUAAGGACAUAGGAUACCCCUUAGAAUUUGUUACAGAAUUUUGUACAACUAUUUGUAAAUGUUUAAUAUUGUUAAAAACUCAUAGUUACAACGAAAUUUUCCUAUCUAACCUCCUCUAUUUUUAAAUUAUUCACUAGUUUGAAAAUUUUAUAAGAUUUUUGUAAGAAAAUUCAACGAAAGAACAUUACGCAAUACUUGAAAUUCAUCCUAUUUAUUGGCACAUUUGAAGUAUUGGUGCCCGGUUUACAUUGACGUUUGAUCAAAUAAUAGAAAAUCUCACGUAAACACAGCAAAAUCUAAUGUCUCCAAAAUUGCUUGGGUUUCCUCUGACCUUAAACACAUAUGUAGUACAUUAACAUGGUAAAAUCGCGAAUAUGAAAAAUCAGUUUUGUAUGAUUAUAACAUUACAAGUAAACACGGUCCCUGUAUUUUAUUAUUAUAACAUUACAAGUUAACAUGGUCUCUGUAUUUAAUUAUUAUAACAUUACAAAUAAACAUGGUCUCUGUAUUUAACUAUUAUAACAUUACAAGUUAACAUGGUCUCUGUAUUUAAUUAUUAUAACAUUACAAGUUAACAUGGUCUCUGUAUUUAAUUAUUAUAACAUUACAAGUUAACAUGGUCUCUGUAUUUUAUUAUUAUAACAUUACAAGUUAACAUGGUCCCUGUAUUAUAUUAUUAUAACAUUACAAGUUAAUAUGGUCUCUGUAUUUAACUAUUAUAAUAUAACAAGUUAACAUGGUCUCUGUAUUUUACUAUUAUAACAUUACAAGUUAACGUGGUCUCUGUAUUUAAUGAUUAUAACAUUACAAGUUAACAUGGUCUCUGUAUUUAACUAUUAUAACAUUACAAGUUUUGUAUGAUUAUAACAUUACAAGUUAACAUGGCCUCUGUAUUUAAUGAUUAUAACAUUACAAGUUAACAUGGCCUCUGUAUUUAAUGAUUAUAACAUUACAAGUUAACAUGGCCUCUGUAUUUAACUAUUAUAACAUUACAAGUUAACAUGGUCUCUGUAUUUAAUUAUUAUAACAUUACAAGUUAACAUGGUCUCUGUAUUUAAUUAUUAUAACAUUACAAGUUAACAUGGCCCCUGUAUUUUACUAUUAUAACAUUACAAGUUAACAUGGCCCCUGUAUUUUACUAUUAUAACAUUACAAGUUAACAUGGCCUCUGUAUUUAACUAUUAUAACAUUACAAGUAAACACGGUCCCUGUAUUUAAUUAUUAUAACAUUACAAGUUAACAUGGCCUCUGUAUUUAACUAUUAUAACAUUACAAGUUAACAUGGUCUCUGUAUUUAAUUAUUAUAACAUUACAAGUUAACAUGGUCCCUGUAUUUUAUUAUUAUAACAUUACAAGUUAACAUGGUCUCUGUAUUUAAUGAUUAUAACAUUACAAGUAAACAUGGCCUCUGUAUUUUAUUAUUAUAACAUUACAAGUUAACAUGGUCUCUGUAUUUAACUAUUAUAACAUUACAAGUUAACAUGGUCCCUGUAUUUAACUAUUAUAACAUUACAAGUAAACAUGGUCCCUGCACUUAAUGAUUAUAACAUCAUGAUCAAAAUUUUACAAAGGUCCCUUUAUUUUAUGAUUAUAACAAUAAUAUAGAAGACAUAGCCCCUUUAUUUUAUGAUUAUAACAUCAACUGUAAACAUGGUUCCGCUAUUUCAUGAUUAUAACAUUAUUUAAAUCGCCUUCAUGACAUUAGGAUUCUGCAGAAUGCAUCUUAACUCAGAUCGCUUUAUUUUGUCGCUUAUGGUGAUAAUCUUCUUUAAAUAAUUUGGGUUAAGAGUAUACACGCUUUCUGAAUAAAUUACUUUUAUUGAUUAAUUAAGAGUUCAGAACUUGGCGAAAAGAUCAGUUUACCCGUGCAUGGGGAAGAUAACAACAAACAGUGAUCAAUCUCAUACCCGUGCAUGUAAUCUGUUGAUUUGAAGUAUGGUAUAUGAUACUUUAAAACAAACUUACAAAGUAAAUACGUUGAAUUGUUUUGAUUUAGCCCCUUCCAUAACUGAAUACUAGUAUGUUAUUUUUCUUUCUGCAUGGUAUGCAUGUUGAUUUUUUUUCUUAUCUUAUUAUUUAUUAUUUCUUUUUUCUUAUUAUAUUAUCAUAAUAUAAUAUGUUGAUUUUGUUUGGUUUUCUGUAUAGUACAAUAUACUGGUGUUUUGGUUUCCCUACACGAUACAGGGUGCUGAUUUUCUCUUUUUCACAGAAUGAGGUGGCCCGCGGUGCCUGGUCUAACAAGGUGGAGUUCUUCCUGUCCUGUGUGGGGUAUGCCGUAGGCCUCGGUAAUGUAUGGAGGUUUCCCUACCUCUGCUACAGGAAUGGUGGAGGUGCCUUCCUUAUUCCCUAUAUCAUCUCACUCGCCUUGGUGGGACUUCCUGCUUUUUUCAUGGAACUGGCCUUCGGACAAUUCGCCUCCCUUGGCCCAAUAACGAUAUGGAGAGCGUGUCCCUUGUUUAAAGGGAUUGGUUUUGCCUCCAUUAUUAUUUCUGCCUUGGUGGCCAUCAGUUAUAACGUGGUCAUUGCGUAUGCUAUGUACUUCCUGCUUGUGUCCCUCGUCAACAUGGACAGUAACGUUCCCUGGGCCACAUGUGGCAAUAAGUGGAACACCAUGUACUGCAGGACAGAGACCCUCAAGGUCACUUCAAAUAUGAACGAAUCCGAGAAAAUCAACAUCACCCUGGGAACAAUGAAUAAGACUUGUGUCGAGAAAGAGCUGACCAGCUGGGGGAUGAAAUGGGACGACCUUACAUACAACAUCACUUCUACCAACCUGACGGCCUGCAGUUUCACGGAUAAAAUCCGAACACCGAGUGACGAAUACUUCAGUAAUUUUGUCCUCGGUUUGGACCAGGCAGAUGGGAUCGGUGGGAUCGGAGACUUAAGUCCCAAGCUUGUGGCUGUUCUGCUGUUUGCAUGGCUCGUUAUUUUCUUCUCGUUGAAGAAAGGUGUAAAAUCUUCGGGAAAGGUGAUCUACUUCACGGCAACUUUUCCUUACAUAGUCCUGAUCAUUCUUCUUGUCCGGGGGGUGACAUUAGAGGGGUACCAAAAGGGACUGGAGUUUUACUUGAUUCCAAAGUUUGACAAGUUAACAGAUCCCAGGGUGUGGACCGAUGCCGCCUCUCAGAUUUUUUACUCGCUUGGCCCAGCCUUCGGAAGUCUAAUCACUAUGUCUAGUUACAACCCAUUCAACAACAACUGCUAUCGCGACUCCAUUCUGGUAGCAAUCAUUAACUGUGGGACUAGUGUUUUUGCCGGUCUCGCCAUUUUCUCUGUCCUUGGGUUCAUGUCGGAGGUCACCAACAGACCGGUUCAGGAAGUGGCGGCUGAUGGGCCCGGUCUGGUAUUCAUCGCGUACCCUGAGGCCAUAGCCAGGAUGCCCUACCCGCCCAUCUGGGCCUUCCUCUUCUUCUUCAUGUUGAUACUGUUAGGACUCUCCAGUAUGUUUGCCAUGGUGGAAGCCAUCAUCUCGGCCCUAGCAGACGAAUAUCCCAGAUAUCUCCGCAAACACAAAAGCAUCCUCACAUUCGUCGUCUGUCUCGUUCUAUUCGUCGCAGGACUAGCUCUAGUUACACAGGGUGGAAUCUACGUUUUGACUUUGAUGGACGCUUAUUCCGGAAGUUAUUCCCUGUUGUUCGUCUGUUUUUGUGAACUAAUCGCCAUAUCAUGGGUUUAUGGUUGGCGCAGGUUUUCAGAAGACAUUGAGUUGAUGCUGGGUUUCAAGCCUAAUUAUUACUGGAUCGGAACUUGGACUGUCCUUGCUCCAGUUUUUAUAGUGGCCAUCUUGAUAGCGAGUGCAGUUCGAUUCUCCCCUUCACAUUACGAGGAUUAUACGUUUGAACAGUGGGCCCAGAACUGUGGAUGGGGACUGGUAGCCCUGCCCCUCUUCUUCCUGUUCGCCACGGCAGCAAUACAGCUUAUCCGAUAUCGGGGUUUUAAAAAUGCAACAAGACCUGAACACAACUGGGGCCCCGCACUGGAGGAAAACAAAACCGGGAUAUACGGUCACGAUAAUAUGGUCUUCGAGGCCGAGGGCGAAAAAGACGGUAUAAAAAUGGAGAACGGUAUAGAAAUGAAGAAAAAUGUCGUCAGUCACGACUCCAUUACAGUCCAGUUCUAAAAGCAACAAGUUUAUAUUUAUUGAACAACAAUAACUGUGAAGAAAAAGAUAAUGCAUAUGGAAUUGUUUUCGUAAUAACAUUUAUUAUGAAAAUUUCAUUUAUUGUGUUGCGAAAACUUUAAAAUAUGUGUAUGUUGUCAUUGUUACAUUUGUUAUAAUGAUAUUAAAUAUUCUCAAAAAUGUUA